AUGCAAAAGUACAGUACUGCCCAUAAAGGCCAGCAUGUACUGUAUUCAUUUCACAUUUGCAAGAGUUAAAAGAUUCAAGUGCCCUUGACUAAGGAAAAGAAAAGGGGUGCUCCAUCUAUGGUUUAUGAGAAAGAGAAAGCAAGACAAAGCUUAUAAUAUGAAUCCUCAUUUGUUUUUUAAUUAGAUUUAUUUCUCUUUCUUGACCUUCUUCCCUCUUCUUCCUUGCCUACUCUACUCAUGGUUUCCUUCAUUUCUUUCUUUAAUACUUCAUGCAUGAAGUAGUUAUUCUUCUACCUCUCUUUGCUCAACCCUUUAACAUACAGAGAAACUCACUACUCGGGUACUUCUCAAUAUGGCAUCCAUGAAUAACUGGUUAGGCUUCUCCCUUUCCCCUCAUGAACUGCCAUCACAUUCUGAUCAUCAUCAAGAUCAUCACUCUCAAAACACAGCCUCUCGCUUAGGUUUCCAUUCCGAUGAAAUCCCUGGUGCUGAUGUCUCAGGCGAAUGCUUCGAUCUCCCUUCUGACUCGACUGCUCCUUCUCUCAACCUCCCUGCCCCUUUUGGUAUUCUUGAAGCUUUCAGAAACAACCAGUCUCAAGAUUGGAAUAUGAAGGGUUUAGGCAUGAACCCAGGUACCACCUACAAAACAAACUCAGACCUUUCUAUGCUCAUGGGUAGUUCAUGCAAUACCCAAAGUAUUGAUCAGAAUCAAGAGCCCAAGUUAGAAAACUUCCUUGGUGUCCAUUCUUUUUCCAAUCACGAACACAAGCUUCCUGCUUGCAAUACUAUGUAUAAUACAGGUACUGGGGACUACAUGUUCCAAAACUGCUCUUUACAACAGGCUACACCAAAUGAUAGAACAAGCAACGGUGAAGGUACUGACAGUAUCAAUGCUAGCAGUAGCAAUAGUUCUAUUGGUUUAUCAAUGAUCAAGACCUGGCUGAGAAACCAGCCAGCACCGACACAACAACAACAACAGCAACAACAAGAAACCAAGAACACUAAUGGCGGUGGUGCACAAAGUUUGUCUCUUUCUAUGAGCACUGGGUCACAGUCAGGCUCACCUUUGACACUUCUUGCAGCAAAUGGAGAAGGCAAUAAUAGUAGUGGAGAUCACAGUUCUUCUUCUGAUAAUAAUAAGCAGCAAAAGACAACAACACUUACAAAUGGCAUCGAUAGCCAAACAGGCGCUAUUGAAGCAGUUCCAAGAAAAUCAAUUGAUACAUUUGGACAAAGAACAUCUAUAUACCGUGGUGUAACAAGGCAUAGAUGGACAGGUAGAUAUGAGGCUCAUCUAUGGGAUAAUAGUUGCAGAAGAGAAGGACAAACCCGAAAGGGAAGGCAAGUUUAUUUGGGUGGAUAUGACAAAGAAGAAAAGGCAGCUAGAGCAUACGAUUUAGCAGCAUUGAAAUACUGGGGCGCCACUACCACCACCAAUUUCCCUAUUAGCAACUAUGAAAAAGAGUUAGAAGAAAUGAAGCACAUGACAAGGCAGGAAUAUGUUGCGUCUUUGAGAAGGAAGAGUAGUGGGUUCUCUCGUGGUGCAUCCAUCUAUCGAGGAGUGACUAGACACCAUCAGCAUGGAAGAUGGCAAGCAAGGAUUGGCAGAGUUGCAGGGAACAAAGACCUUUACUUGGGAACUUUCAGCACCCAAGAAGAAGCAGCAGAGGCGUAUGAUAUAGCAGCCAUAAAGUUCCGAGGAUUGAAUGCUGUAACAAACUUUGACAUGAGUAGAUAUGAUGUUAACAGCAUCCUGGAGAGCAGCACAUUGCCUAUUGGUGGAGCAGCUAAGCGACUAAAAGAUGCUGAGCAGGCAGAUAUGAUUGAUACACAAAGAACAGACACUGGCAAUAUCAGUUCACAACUAACGGAUGGUAUCGGCAGCUAUGCCACCGCACUUCAUGGUUGGCCUACUCUUGCAUUUCAACAAGCUCACCCUCCUCAUCAACCUUUUACCAUGCAUUAUCCUUAUGGACAAAGGCUCUGGUGCAAGCAAGAACAAGACACAGAUACAAACCACAGCUUUCAAGAUAUUCAUCAACUACAACUAGGCAACACCCACAAUUUCUUUCAGCCUUCUGUUUUGCAUAACUUAAUGAGCAUGGAUUCUUCCUCAAUGGAACAUAGCUCUGGGUCUAAUUCAGUUAUGUAUAGCAACGGAGGAGGAGGUCAUGAUGGAAGCAAUCAAGGAAUGGGUUACGGAAGCAAUGGGGGUGGUGGGUACGCAAUCCCAUUAGCUACAGUUAUAGCUAAUAAUAGUAAUGAUGAUGGAAAUCAAAAUCAAGGGAUUGGGUUUGGAGAUGGUGAAGUCAAAGCACUUGGAUAUGAGAACAUGUAUGGAUCAUCAGAUCCAUACCAUGCAAGAAACUUGUACUAUCUUCCACAGCAAUCAUCAUCAUCCUCAGGUGGGGCAGUGAAGGCAAGUGCAUAUGAUCAAGGUUCGACAUGUAACAAUUGGGUUCCAGCUGCUGUUCCUACAAUUGCUCCAAGGUCCAACAAUAUGGCUGUCUGCCAUGGAGCUUCAACAUUUACAGUGUGGAAUGAUACGUAAAGAAAGAUUGUGGGGUUGGGGUGCAUAUUGGAAGGAAGAAUACAUACUGAUGGUCAAGAUCAUAGGGGGCUAGGAAGAAGAAAAGCAAAAACAACAAGAAAUGGAAUGUAUACAGAAAUGAUUUUCCUAAUUUUGAUUUUUCAUGGUCCUUUCUUCCUUCAAUAUUUCACUAAUAUAGACUUAAAAGGAAGAUGGGCUUCUUUUUCUUUUUUUCUUUUUUAAUCUAACUUGGCAGGAUUAAAAUGUUAUGAUUAAAGGGAUCUAAGUGAAGUUAAGGAAUAGCAAUGUAAGAGCUUAAGAUGGUCUUAUUUGCUUUGGGGGAACUUCAUAUGGAUUUAGAUCCUCGGAAUAGUCUUUUUAACACCAGACUUUGUAAUUUUGAAUAACAUAGUUACUAUACAAAGAAUGGGAUUUCCUUUUU